AUGUUGCUCCGCUGCUUGAAGCCCACCUCCUGGUCCACCUGCAGGGUUUUCUUCUGCUUCGUGUGGCUCCUCCAGACGCCCCGGUCUUCCUCCCCGUUAAUUACAGGCACAGAAGCCAGCUGUGAGAAUGAAGGAGAGGUCCUCCACAUCCCCAACAUCACGGACAACCCCUGCAUCACCUGCGUCUGCCUGAGCGGGAAGGCAGACUGUAAACAGGAAAAAUGUCCUCAGGUCCCCGAUGACUGCGACCUGGUGGUGAAACAGACUGGAGCCUGCUGUGAGAGGUGUAAAGGCUGCUUGUUAGACGGACGAUCGUACAACAGCUCAGUCUCCUGGACCACGUCCACCAAACCCUGCACAACCAGACGCUGCCAGGAAGGAGUGAUCACUGAGGCGGAGGUGCAGUGUGUCAUCCACUGCAAGAACCCAAAAAUCCACCCCAAAAAGUGCUGCCCCACCUGUCCAGGUUGUAUAUUUGAGGGUCAUCUGUAUAAAGAAAAGGAGGAGUUCAGUCCAGAAGCCCAGCCCUGCAUCAAGUGCACGUGCACCGGUGGUCGAACGCUCUGCAUGAAGGAGGUGUGUCCUGUGCUGUCAUGCCCCGCCCACCUCACCCACACCCCUCCUGGACAGUGCUGCCCCAGAUGUGUCGGUCAGAGGAAGGUGUUUGAUCUCUCUUUAGGAAGUUGUCUCUUCCACAGCGAUGUUUAUGAGAACGGCACUUCCUUCAAACUCAACAACUGUAGCACUUGCACCUGCAAGGAUUCAACGGUGGUGUGUAAGAAGCGGUGCUCACGUCCAGGUAGCUGUCAGGGCAGUCAAUGCUGUGAGGAGUGUCUGUCGUAUGUGAAGGUGGAGGAAGUGAUGUACUGCAGGGUCCGGAACAAGAUCUACAGGGAAGGAGACAUGUGGUCGUCUGUUAACUGUACUCUUUGUGCGUGCAUUAAAGGCAACAUCGAGUGUCGGCCCAAACAGUGUGUACCGAUCACCAGCUGCCCCUCGAACAAGAUCCUGAACAGAACCGGCUGCUGUCCAGUUUGCACUGAAAAACCAGGUGUUUGCACGGUCUUCGGUGACCCUCACUACAACACAUUUGAUGGCAGGACCUUCAACUUUCAGGGAACUUGUCAAUAUGUGCUGACCCGUGACUGUGGUGGGAUUUCAUCUGGAGCUCCAGGAAACAACAUCAACAGUCCAGACUCCAGCUUCACGGUGUUAGUGAAGAAUGAUGCUCGGCGAACUCGCUCUUUCUCUUGGACUCAGUUUGUUGAGAUAAGGCUUGGGUCUCUGAUCCUCAGCCUUCACCAGCAUCUGACAGUUCGAAGGAAUGGCACUCGCAUUGCCCUGCCCUACCAUGGUCCCGGGGUGCACAUUGACCUGGAUGGAUACCUGCUCAAGCUCACCACCAUUGCAGGUCUGGAGAUCACUUGGGAUGGUGAUAGUUUUGUAGAGGUUGUAGCAGCUCCCCACCUGCGCGGACAUCUCUGCGGUCUUUGUGGGAACUACAACGGUCACAAGCGCGACGACACCUUGGGAGGUGACGGCCAGUUCAAGUUUGACGUGGAUGAGUUUGCAGAGUCGUGGCGAGUCGAGGGAAAUGAGCUUUGCUCCCAGCAGCAUCCACCUCGCAGGCCGACAUCCUUCCUGUGCCCUGGCAGUGUUAAAGUCAAAUUCCGGGCACACCGGGAAUGCCAAAAGAUAAAGUCAUGGGAGUUUCAGAAGUGCCAUCGUGUGGUUGACUUUGGUUCUUUCUACAGAUCAUGUGUGACGGACAUGUGUGAGUGUCCAGUCCAUAAAAACUGCUACUGUGAGUCCUUCAUUGCCUACAGCCGAGCCUGUCAGAGGGAGGGAGUGCCCGUCCAGUGGAAGCCUGACAACGUUUGCAUGGCCACCCAGUGUAAACAUGACGCUGUGUACGACACCUGUGGCCCGGGAUGCACUAAAACCUGUGACAACUGGAAUGAGAUUGGACCGUGUCACAAGCCCUGUGUGGCUGGCUGCCACUGCCCUGCCAAUCUGGUGCUGCAUCAGGGACGCUGUAUCAAACCCACGGCCUGCCCUGGACGGUGACCCUUGUUUCUCAGGCGGGAGGGGAGCUAGGUUAGGGAAGGUCAUCUGUAGUGUUCAAAGUUGAAGCCAAACUAGACGAGAAGUAAAGGGUUAAGGACAGUAAAAGGUCUCAACUCUACAGAGCAGAUGCACCAACGUACUCAGGGUCCAUACUGUUGCAGAGAAACGUGUUGCAGCGACGUCAACAUCAGAGAUCUAACCAACGGCGUCAGACUGAAGGGAAAUGGACGGGAAGCUGAUCACAGCAAUCAGCCGGUGAUCUCCUUGUGAUGCUCAUGAUGCCACAUAUUGACAGUAGCAGUUCCAUCAACAUUUAGGCUUGAGGAACUGAAACAUCUAGAGAAAACGCGGGGCCCCAUCUGGAGAUUGAAUACCUCACACACUUAAGGAACAUUCAGCUCGUUACUGUGGACCUUCUGGAAAAGGUUUGGCCCAGAGGACUCGUAUUAGAGC